AAACCAUGUUGUCGAAUGUCAUAUCGGAGAUAGAUUGUUAAUAUGCGAGGACAUAAAAGGGAUCAGAGGACGGGAUGACAAACCAGGGUAACCCCAGUCGAUUUGCCGACUAUUUCGUUGUCUGUGGGCUUGAUGUGGGGUCAGGAUUGGAGCCGGAUACAUUAGCAGGUGAUAAUUUACAGUGCCCUCCCCUUGACCGACCCUUCAAGUCUAAAGUGCUGCUACACUGUCCCGAGUCUGUGCCAUGGAGUCCCUUCGACAAAGAUGCUGUGGGCAUGCUUUCUUUGCCAAAGGGACUUGCAUUUCGAACACAAAGAGAUUCACAUCGCCCUAAGUUUCAUUCUUUUAUCAUCACAAAAGAAGAUGGCAGCCGUAACUUUGGGUCAGCCUUUACCUACUAUGAGGAAGUCAAUGACAAGAAAAUUAGUGCUGCCAUGGAGACACUUCAGCACAUGUACCAAGCUGAAGUGGCCAGCUGUUCUAUGGACAGUGGACGGUCCUCGCGCGACGCUAGUCCCAGACCUGGUCGUGACCGACAACAGACGAGUCCUAGAGACAGUGCACGCGUCUAUGACCCAGAAAAAGACAAACUUUUUGUAACAAAAACAAUAUGCCUCAUCAUGCAGAUGCCUUUUGUGAGAGCAUCAAGACAGUUUCUUAAACAGUUGUAUGAGGCUGUGUCAAAGCCAUCAGACACUCACCUGCCUUUGGAGAGCUAUAUCUAUAACAUACUGUAUGAGGUCCCACUGCCUCCUCCAGGUCGCAGUCUAAAAUUCUAUGGUGUUGAGAUGCCCAUCUUCUGUCAAAGACCAAGUGUGAGUGAACUGCCCUUGUUUGACUUCUCCCUCUGGGACUUGUUCCGAUCUCUGGAUGUGAGGGACAUCAUUCAACUUUUCACCAGUGUCUUACUUGAACACCAGAUCUUAAUCUAUUCGUCUGAUUACCAGAGACUGAUGUUGGUAGCGGAGUGUAUGAACGCUCUGAUUUUUCCGUUCGCAUGGCAGCAUGUUUAUGUACCAAUCCUGCCGGCAUCUCUCACUCAUUUUCUGGAUGCUCCUGUUCCAUUUGUUAUGGGGCUUCAUCAUGGACGGGAGAAUCGUUCUGAACUAGAACUUCCUAGUGAGGCUAACAUGUGUUUUGUGGACCUGGAUGAGAAAACUGUUGAGGUGCCAGAAGAAUUGCCAAGAUUCCCACACCUCCAGGAGCUGACAGAGGAACUAGUCAAGGUGUGCGGUAUACAUCGUACUCGACUCUACCGCGAGAAGGUGGAAACAGCUAAGACUGAUCCAGCUCCAAACCCGAAACCAGCCAGUCCUCGCCGUAGUCUAAAUAAAGAGGACACCUUAAAGACUAACAAAAUGGAGAUUCUACAGCAGAGUGAAGCUUUUGCUAAGAUAUCUGCACUGGCUAAGAAAACAGGUGUGUGGUCUUCUAUAGAGGAGUUCUCAGACAUGCCGAGCAAGGACAGUAAGGAGAUGGGGUCGCGGGAUCCAUCGUCAAUGAGUGUAAAAGAAAUAGAGGAUCUAAAGUUCAAUAACACUGUGCGUGAAAUUUUCCUCAAUCAUUUCCUUCAUCUGUUUAGUUCCUACGACACAUUUGUGAUACAACCCAACCAGGAUAUGGAUGCCUGGUUAAAUAACAGAGAGACAAUGCAGAACUUUGACAAGGCAGCAUUCCUGAGUGAUCAGCCAGAGGGUUAUCUCCCCUUUUUGUCAUCAUUUACAGAGACACAAAUGUUUACAACGAUGAUAGACAAUAAAAUUUUGAGUCAAUGGGAGGAGCAGGAACCUCAACUACGUGUGUUUGACUCCAGGCUUAAGAUGUUAAAGGAAGCUUUGGGAGAGAAUAUCACACAUACAUACUCACAAUGUACAACUCUAGUGGAUACAGAGACGAUGCUCCAGAAGCGUGUGAUCUAUAUUGACCAUGUGUCACCCAAGCCCCACAGCCUAGAGGAUCAGGAGAAACCUACACCCUUAGAGCCAGGAAUCUUCCCCAAGCUUGAUGUUGAGAUUCUCAACAAAGAACCUGCCACAGUCAAAGGGAAGUCCAGAGAGGGUGCCAAAUGGAGACGGAAGGAUCGUCUGAUGCAGCAUUCUGAACACAUCAAGCUAAACUCUGACCAGCGUGAGAAAUAUAUGCAGGAGGCAAGAACUAAAGGUCUGCGUCAACCCAAACUGUCAGACAUGUCUCCGGCAAGCAUGGCCCAGACCAACUGGAAAUUUGUGGAAACACUCUUACAGGAGUGUAAAUCAAAGACAAAACGUUUACUGGUGGAUAAGAUGGGCCAUGAGGCAGUGGAGCUUGGACAUGGUAACAUCACAGGCGUGGAGGAAAAUACCCUGAUUGCCAGUCUGUGUGACCUGUUAGAGAGGAUCUGGGGGCAUGGCAUACAGUUUAAAAAGGGAAAGUCUGCUCUUUGGUCCCAUUUAAAGAGUUUCCAGGAGUUAGAUGAGUGUAACCAAGGCAACAAGUUUCUGGAUACCAACUUACUAUCACCAGAUAUGUCCGGGAUGUCAAUCACAGAUGGAACUCGCUCACUGGAACGUAAAACUCACCGUCGUAAAGGUAGCACAGGGCGGAUAGAGUUACCUACCCUGAGCCCACUUCCCUCAUCCAUUACAUUUGAUUUAAGAAAGGUCCAGCAGAUGACUGAGAUCCGGACUGAUGUUGGGUAUGCUCGUGCCUGGGUGAGAUUAGCACUAGAGAAGAAAGUUCUGUCUGCCCACCUCAAGAUCUUACUUAGCAAUGCUGAGCUUCUAAGAAGUCUCUAUAAGCGGUAUGCGUUCCUGAGAUGUGAAGAUGAGAGGGAACAGUUUUUGUAUCAUCUCCUGUCUCUGAAUGCUGUAGACUACUCCUGCUUCACCAACAGCUUCACAAACACAAUGGUCCCUUACAAAAUCCUCAUCUAUCCUUGUCCUAAGUUUGGAUGUUCUACAACGAGUGCUAACCCCUGGAUCAACCUGGCGGGCCAGGCUGGAGAAACUGGGGUCACAGAGAUACCAAAAGGUCUCCUAGAGUUCAACCUUGAGCAUAAGAACCUUGGUGUAUUAACAACAUUAAGGAUUGGCCAUGACAACAGUGGUAUGACACCUCGAUGGCUUGUUGACUAUGUCCUGGUACGCAAUGACCUCACAGGACAUGUUUACAAGUUUAAUUGUGGCCGAUGGCUAGGAAAGGGUGUGGAUGAUGGGAGUACAGAGCGCCUCCUAGUGGCAGAAGUUCUCCCUAAAACUUCAGAAAUGGAUGGACUGGACCUAGCUGUGAUGGCAUCCACGUCGCCUAGGAGUAUGUCACCCAACUCACCGAAGAAGUCCUCAGAUCAGAAUUUGAAAAUUCCGAUGAUACAAGAAAUGCUUGGCCAUGCUGUCAACAAUCUAGUGAAACAUUACUACAAGCCUGAGAAAGAGCGAGGUAGUCUGACAUUCCUGCUUUGUGGAGACAGAGGAUUAGUACACUGUAUGGAGCUGGUAUUCCAGAGUGGCUUCAGGUCCUCAAGACUCUUCAGGAACAAGUUCUUCAUCUGGGAUUAUCUAGAGAAGGUGAAAGGCCAUUUUGAGUGUGUACUGAGUGGAGAAGUGAGACGUCCCAUGACAGAAGGAGCCAAGGCUGGAUACUGGCUCUUCUGUAACAUCCUUAGUAAGAUCAAUAGUGCAGCCGAGACUGUUGGCAAGGAUGGAAAGUUCCAGAUCUUUGUUUGUGUGGGCAUCAGGGACCAUGUGAUACAGAAAAUGCUUCCCCUGAUUGCCAACACGCCUGUGACAGCGACUAUGUUUGAGGAGCAUUCUUUCUUCCGUGACCCUAGCCUUACCAACUACCUCGUACACAUCCUUGGCACGCUAGAUGAAUUCCACAUUGUGCUAGAAGCAUCAUUGUUACGAGGAUUAUCAAUUUAACAACUGGAGAUCGCAGACAGUUUUUAUAAUGUGACUCCUGGGUGUAAGCCCAGUGUAAAUGUCAUCAUCACAGUGUAUGCUGCACUGUAAACAUUAAAAUAUCAAGUCUUGUAGACAUUAAUACUGGGUAUUUACCAACCAACAUUUCUACCCCACAAAUGAUAUAAUCAAAGUUGAAGUCUAUAUCUAAAAUUUUGUAUCACAAGAGAAAUUGUACCAGUAUCUCGUUACCACAAAUUAUUUUUUAGAAAUAUGUCUGCCGUUUGAAACCUAUCUACACAAAGAGUUAUCAAAUGUAGGAUAGAAUCAGAAAACAAUUUUAGGUCAUCAAGUUCCCAGUGUAUCAAUGACAA